AUGGCACAACACAGAUUCUUUGGGUUAGAAAAACGUCUUUCUAAAAACGCCUCACUAAAGAAUUAUUAUUCUGAAUUCAUGAACGAAUACUUAACACUUGGACAGAUGGAAGCUGUGGAAUACCAUGAGUUAGAGAUGAAACAGCAUGUCUACUACCUACCACACCAUGCUGUCAUAAAAGAAAACAGUUCAACCACAAAAUUACGAGUCGUGUUCGACGCAUCAGCUAGAAAAAAAAUCAGGAAAAUCACUAAAUUACAUUUUACAUGUUGGACCGACUGUGCAAGAUGA